AUCUGAGGAUUCAAACUUCCGGCACUGUCAUGGCGGCAUGCUGCUGUUUCUGACACCGACCAGACCGAACACAGAGCCGCCCCUCGAGCGGCACGGAUCGAGGACCGCAGGGGUCGCAGACGGCGGGAAAGGCGUCCUCUUCUCCUCCUCUUCCUCGCUGUCAUCUUCAUCAUCAGCGGCGGAGGUGCAGGCGUGAGCGGCCAUGGCGGCGCAGAAGCCCGUGGAGUGGGUACAGGCCGUCAUCACCCGAUUCGACGAACAGCUUCCUGUUAAAGUUGGCGUUCAGAACACACACACCAAAAUCAGCACGGAGCACAAUAAAGAAUGUCUCAUCAACAUCUCCAGAUACAAAUUCUCUCUGGUCAUCAGUGGACUCACCAACAUACUCAAAAACGUCAAUAACAUGAGAAUUUUUGGUGAGACUGCAGAGAAGAACCUCUACCUGUCCCAGCUAAUCAUUUUGGACACACUUGAAAAGUGCCUGUCAGGGCAACCGAAAGACAGUAUGCGUCUAGACGAGAUGAUGCUGGUGAAGCAGUUACUGCCCGAGAUCUGUCAUUUCAUCCACACGUACCGCGAGGGAAACCAGCACGCAGCCGAGCUGCGCCACUCAGCCUGUGGGGUUCUGUUCUCUAUCAGCUGCAGUAACUUCAACGCCGUCUUCAGUCGCAUCUCUACCAGGUUGCAGGAAUUGACCGUCUGCUCUGAAGAUAACGUAGACGUGCACGACAUCGAGCUCAUUCAGCACAUCAAUGUGGACUGUUGUAAACUCAAACGCCUCCUGCAAGAAACUGUAUUUAAAUUCAAAACCUUGAAGAAGCCGGCACAGCUGAGCGUCAUCUAUAAUCUAGAGAAGGCAUUCUGGAACUGGGUGGAGAAUUAUCCUGAUGAAUUCACAAUGCUCUACCAGAGGCCACAGGCGGACAUGGCCGAGUGUGCAGAGAAGCUGUUUGAUCUGGUGGAUAGUUUUGCUGAGAGCGCAAAGAGGAAGGCGGCUGUGUGGCCCCUGCAGAUCAUUCUCCUCAUCCUCUGCCCUGACAUCACUCAAGACAUGUCCAGAGAAACCCCAGAUGACUCCAAAGACAACAAGAAGCUAUUCCUUGAGAAUCUACGGAAAGCCCUGACUGGUCACGGUGGGAGCAAACAGCUUACGGAGAGCGCGGCCAUCGCCUGCGUCAAACUGUGCAAAGCUUCCACCUACAUUAACUGGGAGGAUCACUCUGUCAUCUUCCUGCUCGUGCAGUCCAUCGUGGUGGACCUGAAGGCGCUGCUUUUUAACCCGACAAAGCCGUUUUCCAGAGGCACGGGGAGUCAGAGUGCAGACGCGGAUUUGAUGAUCGACUGUUUCGUUUCCUGUUUCAGAAUCAACCCGCACAACAAUCAGCAGUUUAAGGUGUGUUUGGCCUCGUCCUCGCCGCCCAUCUUCCAUUUAGUGCUGGUGAAUUCUCUGCACAGGAUCAUCACCAACUCCCCUCUGGACUGGUGGCCGAAGAUCGAUACGGUGUACUGUUACUCGGGAGAGCUGCGUCUCAUGUUCGCGGAGACUCUUGGGCGGGUCGUGCAGGGCUGCAGCAGUCACGCCCCUCUACGCUCGACACCGAGCUUGACGUUUAAAGGAAAAAUGAGCAGUCUGAAGUUCAAAGAGAAAGCCACAGAUCUGGACACCAGGAGUCACAAGUAUCUGCUCUUGGCUUUGGUGAAGCUCAUUCACUUGGAUCCCAAACUGAUGCUAUACAAUCCAGGCAAACCGGGUCAGGACGUCCACGGCAGCACGACGGAGCUCAUCACGGGCCUGAUGCAGCUUGUACCUCUAGCCAACAUGGGGAAUAUUUCCCAGGAGGCCAUGGAGGCUCUGUUGGUCCUUCAUCAGCCAGACAGCAUUGAGCUGUGGAACCCAGAUGCUCCCAUGGAAACGUUCUGGGAUAUCAGUUCUCAGGUCCUGUUCUUCAUCUGCAAGAAGCUGUUUGGCCAUCAGUUGAUCAACAGCACAGAGAUUCUCAAGUGGCUGCGAGAGAUUCUUAUCUGCAGGAACAAAUUCCUCCUCAGGAAUAAGGACCGUGUCACAGCGGGCAGCAACAUCGCCAUCUGCAGGCAGGCCCAGACCGAGCUGGAGGUUUGUCUCCACAUGUUCCUCUGGAGUCCAGACAUGGAGGCAGUUCUGGUGGCAAUGUCGUGUUUCCGUUAUCUGUGUGAGGAGGCAGAGAUCCGCUGUGGUGCUGAGGACAUCCCAGUGCAGUCACUCCUGGCCAAUUACAACACAUUUAUGGAGUUUGCUUCCAUCAGUAACAUGAUGAUUACAGGCCGCUCAGCUCUCCAAAAAAGAGUAAUGGCUUUACUUCGGAGGAUUGAGCUGCCCACGCCAGGAAACACAGAGGCCUGGGAGGACACACAUGCUAAAUGGGAGCAUGCCACCAAAUUAAUAUUAAGCCACCCGAAAACGAAACUGGAGGACAGUCAGGAAUGGAUCAAUAUGACUGGCUUCCUGUGUGCGCUGGGUGGCGUGUGCUUGCAGAGGAACACGUCUGCUCUCGCCACCUACAGUCCUCCCAUGGGCAUGUUGAACGAUCGCAAGGGUUCCAUGGUCUCCAUGUCCUCGUGUGAGGGGAACCCGGAGACGCCCCUGAGCAGGUUCUUGGACAGACUGCUGUCUCUGAUGGUGUGCAGUCACGAGAAGGGCCAUCAGAUCCGUACUAACGUCAAAGACCUGGUGGGGCUGGAGCUCAGUCCUGCGCUGUACCCGAUGCUCUUCAACAAGCUCAAAAACAGCAUCAGCAGAUUCUUCGACGCGCAGGGGCCGGUGCCGAUAAAUGAGACCAACACACAGUUUGUGGUGCAUACCAUCGCAAUCAUGAAGAACCUUUUAGAUAACCACACAGAGGGCAGUUCAGAGCAUCUGGGUCAAGCCAGCAUUGAAACAAUGAUGCUCAAUCUGGUCAGGUACGUGCGGAUACUGGGCAACAUGGUCCACGCCAUUCAGAUCAAAACCAAACUGUGCCAGCUGGUGGAAGUCAUGAUGAAGCGUAGAGAUGAUCUCUCCUUCUGUCAGGAGAUGAAGUUCAGGAACAAGAUGGUGGAGUAUUUGACAGACUGGGUGAUGGGAACGUCUAACCAAGCAGCCGACGACGAUGUGAAGUGUCUCACAAGGGAUCUGGACCAGGCGAGUAUGGAGGCGGUGGUGUCUCUGUUAGCCGGUCUCCCCCUGCAGCCGGAGGAGGGUGAUGGUGUGGAGCUGAUGGAGGCCAAAUCACAGCUGUUCCUCAAGUACUUCACUCUGUUCAUGAACCUGCUGAAUGACUGCAGUGAAGUGGAGGAUGAGGGUCAGCAGGUGGCCGGCCGCAAGCGAGGGAUGUCCAGGCGGUUGGCGUCGCUACGUCACUGUACCGUUCUGGCGAUGUCCAACCUGCUCAAUGCCAAUGUGGACAGCGGGCUCAUGCAUUCCAUCGGUCUGGGCUAUCAUAAGGACCUGCACACCCGUGCCACUUUUAUGGAGGUCCUCACAAAGAUUCUGCAGCAGGGGACUGAGUUUGACACGCUGGCUGAAACCGCCCUGGCCGACCGUUUCGAGAGGCUUGUUGAACUCGUCACGAUGAUGGGCGACCAGGGGGAGUUACCUAUCGCCAUGGCGCUGGCCAAUGUGGUGCCUUGUUCCCAGUGGGAUGAACUGGCUCGUGUCCUGGUGACUCUCUUUGAUUCGAGACAUCUGUUGUAUCAGCUCCUGUGGAACAUGUUCUCUAAGGAGGUGGAGUUGGCAGAUUCCAUGCAGACUCUGUUUCGUGGAAACAGCCUGGCCAGUAAAAUCAUGACCUUCUGUUUUAAGGUGUACGGUGCUACGUACCUCCAGAAGUUGUUGGAGCCGUUGCUCAGGAGGAUUCUCACGGGAUCUGAGUGGCAGAUGUUAAGCUUUGAGGUGGAUUCCACAAGGCUUGAGGCCGGUGAGAACUUGGAGGAGAACCAGCGUAAUCUUCUCCGGAUGACCGAACGCUUCUUUCAGGCCAUAAUUAACUCUUCUGGAGAGUUUCCCCCUCAGCUCCGCAGCGUCUGUCACUGUCUCUUUCAGGCUACUUGUCACUCUCUCCUGUCUAAAGCAUCUGUCAAAGACAGAAAGGAAAUGAGAAAAGCAGUGGUCAGUCAGCGGUUUCCUCAGAACAGUAUUGGAGCUGUGGGUAGCGCCAUGUUCUUACGGUUUGUCAACCCAGCGAUAGUCUCUCCGUAUGAAGCCGGGAUUCUCCAUAAGAAGCCUCCACCCAGGAUAGAAAGAGGCCUAAAACUUAUGUCGAAGAUUCUCCAAAGUAUCGCCAACCAUGUUUUGUUUACAAAAGAGGAGCACAUGAGGCCUUUUAAUGACUUUGUGAAGACUAAUUUUGAUGCGGCACGAAGGUUUUUUCUUGACAUUGCCUCUGACUGCCCAGCGAGCGACUCUCUGAACCACAGUCUGUCCUUCAUAAGCGAUGGGAACGUGUUGGCCCUACACCGGCUGCUGUGGAACAAUCAAGAGAAAAUCGGCCAGUAUUUGUCCAGUAACAGGGAUCAUAAAGCAGUCGGGCGAAGGCCUUUUGAUAAGAUGGCCACCUUGCUGGCUUACCUGGGUCCCCCCGAACACAAACCUGUGGCGGACACUCACUGGUCAAGCUUGAAUCUCACCAGCUCCAAAUUUGAGGAGUUUAUGACCAGACAUCAGGUGCAUGAGAAAGAUGAGUUUAAAGCGCUGAAGACUCUUAAUAUCUUUUAUCAGGCCGGAACCUCAAAGAAUGGAAACCCAGUGUUUUACUAUGUCACCCGCAGAUUCAAGACGGGCCAGAUAAACGGGGAUUUACUCAUAUACCACGUCCUCCUCACUCUCAAACCCUACUACGCCAAACCCUACGAGCUGGUGGUGGACUUGACCCACGCCGGCCCCAGCAACCGCUUCAAGACAGACUUCCUCUCCAAAUGGUUUGUCGUCUUUCCUGGAUUUGCUUACGAGAACGUGGCCGCCAUCUACAUCUACAACUGUAACACCUGGGUACGGGAAUACACCAAAUACCACGAGAGACUGCUGACAGGUCUCAAGGGCAGUAAGAAGUUACAAUUCAUUGAAUCGCCUGCAAGGUUGGCUGAGUUUGUGGAACCGGAGCAACAGAAGCUUCCUGCUGCUACUCUUGCGCUGGAGGAAGAUCUAAAAGUCUUUCACAAUGCCCUGAAACUGGCUCACAAGGACACUAAGGUGUCCAUUAAGGUGGGCAGCACGGCCGUGCAGGUGACGUCAGCCGAGCGGACGCGAGUCCUGGGUCAGUCUGUGUUCCUCAAUGACAUCUACUACGCCUCUGAGAUCGAGGAGAUCUGUCUGGUGGAUGAGAAUCAGUUCACGCUGACCAUCGCCAACCAGGGUACGCCGCUGACCUUCAUGCAUCAGGAGUGCGAAAGCAUCGUUCACUCCAUCAUCCACAUCCGCACGCGCUGGGAGCUGUCUCAGCCCGACUCCAUCCCCCAGCAUACCAAAAUCAGACCCAAAGAUGUUCCCGGCACGCUGCUCAACAUCGCCCUGCUCAACUUGGGCAGCUCUGACCCCAGUUUAAGGUCUGCGGCUUAUAACCUCCUGUGUGCCUUAACCUGCACCUUUAACCUGAAGAUUGAAGGCCAACUUCUGGAGACCUCUGGACUUUGCAUACCUGCCAACAACACUCUUUUCAUCGUGUCCAUCAGUAAGACUCUGGCAGCCAAUGAGCCUCACCUGACGCUGGAGUUCUUGGAGGAAUGCAUCUCUGGCUUCAGCAAAUCCAGUAUAGAACUGAAACAUCUCUGUUUGGAGUAUAUGACUCCUUGGCUGUUAAACUUGAAAGGCUUCUGCAAGCACAGUGAUGAUGCCAAACGCCAACGGGUCACUGCCAUUCUGGACAAACUCAUUACCAUGACGAUAAACGAAAAGCAGAUGUAUCCAUCAAUACAAGCCAAGAUCUGGGGCAGCUUGGGACAGAUAACGGAUCUACUCGAUGUUGUUCUGGACAGUUUUAUAAAAACAAGUGCCACCGGUGGUCUCGGAUCCAUUAAAGCAGAAGUGAUGGCAGACACUGCCGUGGCUUUGGCCUCUGGCAACGUCAAGCUGGUGUCCAGCAAGGUGAUUAUUCGGAUGUGUAAAAUCAUCGAUAAGACAUGUCUGUCCCCUACACCCACCCUAGAACAACACCUGAUGUGGGACGAUAUCGCCAUCUUGGCUAGAUACAUGCUCAUGCUGUCCUUCAACAACUCUCUUGACGUGGCCGCCCACCUCCCCUACCUCUUCCAUGUCGUGACCCUGCUGGUGGCCACUGGACCUUUGUCGCUGCGGGCAUCCACGCACGGCCUGGUCAUCAACAUAAUCCACUCGCUCUGCACAUGCUCCCAGCUGAGCUUCAGCGAGGAGACCAAGGAGGUUCUGCGUUUAAGUCUGACUGAGUUCUCGUUGCCGAAGUUUUACCUGCUGUUCGGCAUCAGCAAGGUCAAAUCUGCCGCGGUCAUCGCCUUUCGUUCCAGCUACAGAGAUCGAUCCUUUUCUCCAGGCUCCUAUGAGAGAGAGACGUUUGCUCUGUCAUCACUAGAGAUGGUUACAGAGGCAUUACUAGAGAUCAUGGAGGCAUGUAUGAGGGACAUUCCAGGCUGUAAAUGGUUGGAUCAGUGGACCGAUCUGGCACAAAAGUUUGCGUUUCAGUACAAUCCGUCCCUGCAGCCGCGAGCUCUUGUUGUGUUCGGCUGCAUCAGUAAACGUGUGACACACGCCCAGAUCAAACAAAUCAUACGGAUCCUGAGCAAGGCCAGCCCUCUCCUCAGUAUCGAUCGGGGUUUAGAGAGCUGUCUGAAAAGUCCUGAUAACUGUAACAGUCAGGUGCUUAUUGAAGCUACAGUAAUCGCUCUUACAAAACUCCAGCCUCUGCUUAACAAGGACUCACCCAUGCACAAAGCUCUGUUCUGGGUCGCCAUUGCCGUGCUGCAGUUGGAUGAAGUGAAUCUGUACUCGGCCGGGACCGCUCUCCUCGAACAGAACCUGCACACGCUCGACAGUCUGCACGUCUUUAAUGACAAGAGUCCUGAAGAGGUGUUUAUGGAAAUCCGACAGCCUUUGGAAUGGCACUGUAAACAGAUGGACCAUUUUGUGGGUCUCAACUUUAACUCCAACUUUAACUUUGCUCUGGUUGGACAUCUACUCAAAGGCUUCAGGCACCCGUCCCCAUCCACAGUGGCACGCACGAUUCGUAUUCUGCACAUGCUUCUGGCCUUGGUAGGCAAACACCUGAACUGUGAUAAGUUUGAGGUGAACACAGAGAGUGUUGCAUAUCUGGCCGCUCUCCUUCCGGUGUCAGAGGAAGUGCGCAGCCGCUGCAGUCUGAAACACAGGAAGUUGAUACUGUCUGAUGUCACCUUGGAGAAUGUUGCUCUGGAGACAUACACUGUGCAUCAUGAGGACCCCAGCUGCAGGACGCUGCAGGAAAGCCAGCCGUGGGCAUCGCCAAAAGUCUCAGAACGGUACCUGGUGGCACAUUAUCCCAUAGUGGGUCAGAUCAGCCCACGUACACGCAAAUCCAUGAGCCUGGACAUGGGGCAGCCUUCUCAGGUCAACACCAAGAAGUUACUGGGCACCAGAAAAAGUUUUGACCAUCUGAUAUCAGACACCAAAGCACCGAAGAGGCCUGAAAUGGAAUCGGGUAUUACAACACCACCCAAGAUGAGGAGAGUAGCUGAAAAUGAGUAUGAAAUUGAAACCCAAAGAAUUUCCCAGCAUCACCAUCUGCGCAAGGUCUCUGUGUCCGAGUCUAACGUUCUUCUUAAUGAGGAGGUUCUCACUGACCCCAAAAUCCAGGCACUACUUCUGACCGUACUGGCCACUCAGGUGAAAAACACAUCUGAUGAGUUUGAACAGAGGAUCCUGUAUGAGUUUCUAGCUGAGGCCACUGUUGUGUUUCCAAAGGUCUUUCCUGUUGUUCACAACCUCCUGGAUUCAAAGAUUAAUACUUUGCUGUCACUGUGCCAGGACCCGAAUCUUCUGAAUCCGGUUCAUGGAAUUGUGCAGAGUGUAGUUUAUCAUGAAGAGUCUCCACCUCAGUACCAAACGUCCUACCUGCAAACUUUCGGGUUUAAUGGACUCUGGAGAUUUGCUGGUCCUUUCUCUAAGCAAACUCAGUUUCCAAACUACGCAGAGUUAAUUGUCAAGUUUCUGGACGCCCUGAUUGACACCUAUCUCCCCGGAAUUGACGAGGAAACAAGUGAAGAGGGUCUCCGGACGCCGACCUCUCCAUACCCUCCACCCGUCCAAAGCCAGCUGAGCAUCACUGCCAACCUCAACCUUUCUAAUUCAAUGACCUCGCUGGCCACCUCCCAGCACGGUCCAGAAAUCGAUAAAGAGAAGGCGGACCUGUCGCCCACAUCAGGUCUCUCUGCAAGCGGACGCACGCGUCACGGCUCGGCCAGCCAGGUCCAGAAACAACGCAGCACGGGCAGCUUUAAAAGACCUAGCAUUAAAAAGAUCGUAUGAGAAUUACAGCACGGCAGGGUUUAGCUCCUGCUGGACAUUAAGCAGACAUUACGCUGCAUUUUACACAGUAGCUCUUCACUUAUGGUAAACAGUCAUCUUUAGGUUCUCCUUGAAUCGUUCAGCAGGGUUUCCUGUAUCGAAAUGAACUGAAGGCAUCUGUUUUUUAACCAGUCACUGUUUGAUACACGAGAGGAAGUCACCUUUUUUUGUGCCCAUUUGAUUUUUUUUGUUUAAUAAAUCCGAGAUUGCCUGAGGAUGGCAUUUUGAGUAUAUUAUGUUUUAAUGCACUAAUUUUUCGUAGAAGUAUUACUCAAGUGCAAUUCCUUUAGUAUUUUUAGUUGCUUCAUGUUUACUUUUAGUCUUAGUUAAGCAUUCAUGUUCUGUAUCGGGCAGAAAUGGUUUUGCUGGCAGAGAGACAGACAAAAUGUACUUUACUUCUUCUCAAGAAACGUUAGAAACACUAAAUCUCGCUAUGUAAUUGUGAAUAUUUCUGAUAGGCCCUUUUCAUCUGAAGUGUACAGCUAUUAUUUCUGCAAAUAAAUGAACUUCUGCGAAAAUAGUAAUGAUCUGCCACUCUUGGAUUAGAAAGCAGAAAUUGGAGGAUCGAAUAUAAUUUAGUAGAUGAAAAAUCUGUUCUGCAAAUAAGAAAACAAUCAGCCAAACAAUGCAAUCAGAUAAAGAGAGCUGAAUUGAACAGAAAACUCAUGGACAGAACUGUUUUAGGCACUUUUGUUUGCCUGGCGAUGCAAGAAAUCGGUCAUGUAAACUUUAUGCUCCGUGUACUGAUGUAUUUCCGUUUAAUUGUUCUUCGCCUCAUAUACAAUGGUGCCAUUUUACCUCUGACAUGUUUGUGUUAAUGAAGGGCAUUUUAUUAGUUCUGCUUUUAUAACCACAGACAUCGAUUAUAGUUCUCGUGAUGGUACGUUUCCAGGUAUAGGCUGGUUGUCAUGUGAUAUUCAACAUUUAGGGUUAGUCAUGGCAGAGAUUUUUUUUUGGCACCUGGGGUUAUGCAAAUGUUACAUAAUUAUUCUCUUCAGUUUCUUUUUUUAUGCUGACUGCUUCACCUUUGUAAAUAUUUUUGUGUAAAAACAGAAAGAAAAGUAUAUUUACUACAGUGUAAAUACAAGCGACUAUGACAUUGUAUUAUUUUGCUUUUUGUAAAGCAGUUAAUUGAUAAAUAUGUACGACAUAAAAUAUGAAUUAUUGUCGGUCUGUCAUGUUCACUACAAUAUGUUGAUUAAAAUGGAGGAAAUGUCCUCAAGGUCCUCUUUAUAUAAUACAUCAUUGUCAUCAAAUUUCAUAUUUACAGAUGUAACACUAAUAAAAUCCAUUUCUGUCCAGUUCA